UUCCCUUCCUCUUGCCCGGCCUCCUCACACGAGCAGCUGCCUCAGCUUCUCGUUGCAUACAUUCUGAUAGAGGCGACUAGCUAGUGAGGAGUGCGAGGAGGGAAGAAAUGUCUGCGAACGACGGAGACAUGAAGAUGAGGGUGAUCGUCGUGGAGGGACAGGAGAUGAGGGCGCCGAAGGAGGACAAGUGCUGCGAGUACACCCUGGACGGCUCCGUCGACAUCAAGGGCCGGCCAGCGGUGAAGGGUCUGUCCGGCGGAUGGCUCGCCGGCGGCCUCAUUCUCGUGAACCAGGGCCUGGCGACGCUGGCCUUCUUCGGCGUGAACGUGAACCUGGUACUGUUCCUGACGCGUGUACUGGGGCAGAGCAACGGCGACGCCGCCAACAACGUCAGCAAGUGGACGGGCACGGUGUACAUGUUCUCCCUCAUCGGCGCCUUCCUCAGCGACUCCUACUGGGGCCGAUACAAGACCUGCGCCAUAUUCCAGGCCAUUUUUGUGCUUGGCCUCGCGCUGCUGUCGGUGUCGUCGCACCUCUACCUGAUCAGCCCGGUCGGGUGCGGCACGGAGCACGCGCCCUGCGGCCCGCACUCCGGCAAGGAGCUGGGGAUCUUCUACAUCGCGCUGUACAUGAUCGCGUUCGGCAACGGCGGGUACCAGCCCAACGUCGCCACCUUUGGCGCCGACCAGUUCGACGAGGAGGACCCAGCCGAGGCGCACUCCAAGGUCUCCUUCUUCAGCUACUUCUACCUCGCCCUCAACCUCGGCUCGCUCUUCUCCAACACCUUCCUCAGCUAUCUCGAGGACAAGGGCAGCUGGGCCUUGGGCUUCUGGGCCUCCACCGCAGCCGCGGCAACUGCCUUGCUGCUGUUCCUGAGCGGGACGCUCCGGUACCGCUACUUCCAGCCCAGCGGAAACUCGAUCGGCAGGAUCUGCCAGGUCGCCUUCGCCUCGUGCAGGAACUGGAAGGCCAGUGCGUCGCCGGGAGUGCAGAGCCUGUACGAGAGCGACGAGAAGGCGGAUGCCAGUGGCAGGAAGCUUCCGCACACAGAAGGCUUCAGUUUCUUGGACCGCGCGGCGCACGCGGACACGGACUCCAAUCUCGGCGCGCGCGACCCCUGGAAGUUGUGCACGGUGACGCAGGUGGAGGAGGUCAAGAGCAUCCUGCGGCUCCUCCCCAUCUGGCUCUGCACCAUCCUCUACUCCGUCGUCUUCACCCAGAUGGCCUCGCUCUUCGUAGUACAGGGCGCCGCAAUGCGCCGCACCACCGCAUUACCCGGCUUCUCCGUACCGCCGUCCAGCAUGUCGGCCUUCGACAUCCUCACCGUCGCCGCCACCAUCUUCCUGUACCGCCGUGCCAUCUGCCCGUUCCUGGCACGGCUCACCGGGCGCCGGACCGGCCCGUCCGAGCUGCAAAGGAUGGGUCUCGGCCUGGUCGUGGGCGCCCUGGCCAUGGCCACGGCCGGAACGGUCGAGCACUUCAGGAAGACCCGAGCCACCACAGCGAUGAGCAGCGACCUACACAUCAUAUGGCAGGUGCCGCAGUACGCGCUGAUUGGCGUGUCGGAGGUGAUGAUGUACGUCGGGCAGCUCGAGUUCUUCAACAGCGAGAUGCCCGACAGGCUCAAGAGCUUCGGGAGCGCGCUCUGCAUGAUGUCUAUGUCGCUGGGGAACUACUUCAGCGACGUCAUCGUGAGCGCGGUGACCAAACUCACUACGUCGCAGGGGCGGCCCGGGUGGAUCCCGGCCGACCUAAACGAGGGUCACCUCGACAAGUUCUACUUCAUGCUCGCCGUGCUGGCAAUCGCGGACUUCGCGGUGUACCUCCUGUGCGCGAGCCGCUACAGGAAUGGCAAGGUGGAUGGGAGGAGCAACGACGUGGAGAAAGGGACGGCCGGUCAGGUGGCAUCCCUGGUGUACGUGUGACUCAGCCGUCUCCGAUGGGUGUCGUACUUAGUUCUUGAGAUGGAGACUGCAGUUGGAACUGUUUUAUCAUGACGGGUUUUUCAUUGAUGAUAGGAGAAAUAUGGGAAUUAAUGGGGGUGCGACUAAAGAAUAAGGACUUGCUAAAUACUCAUACGCGUUGUUCUGUCAUGUAUUAACGUAUAAUGAUCAUUGUUCACAUUUCAUUUUGGCCAAUGUAACAAGAGAGCACGACUGUUACUGACCACUUCUUUGCUUCUUCUUCGGAAGACCACUAUUUUUGUUUUUGGUAGCGUUGCCUAUCUUAAUGUCUACUCAUGCAGUUGCA